GUGGAUUAUCGCAAGAGAGGACAGGACCCAUGGAGUUGUACCUACGACCCCGGGCCUCCUUUAUUUUGUGCCGUACGGAAUACCACGGGUGCUUCAAUGUGGAUUUGCGAAUAGAAGCUUCCCGACAAGGCCCUGGUCCGAACGAGCAUACUACCACCUCGAAUAUGUGCUAGUCAACCUUAGUGCCCGCUUGGCAAAAGUCGUGCGUCCGGCUUGUCUGCUCCUUCUCGCCUUCCUCCCCACGGCUCUGUGCCCCGGGGCUUUUUUUGAAUAUGAACCAUCAACUUCUCUGACGAUUCUCAUUCCGCUUCUCCUCUCUUCUCUCCUCUCCCUUUUCCACCUUUCACCUCCUGAAUCCCUCCGCGUGUGUCUGUAUCGUCUUGUCUCGGUCUGUCGUUACACAGUUGAAUAACGUGUCUGCACAUAUAUUUCACCCGAACCUCUUCAUCCUCUCCCCCGAACUCUUCAUAUCUCAGUCGCUCCAGCAUCGCCAGUUGCCUACUUUGUACACACGGCACAAAACAAACCGAUUUUCCAGCCUCACUAUCGCUACUAGUACCUUGUCGGUCAACCCAGUCCACUUUCGUCAGCAACGAACGGGCUCCAUUUUAUUAUUAGUGCGUAAGUCAAAACCGCCCAUUCCUCAACGCCUCGUUCAUAGCUCUCGCCCCCUUUGCCCGCCUGCCCGCCCCAAUCACCCUAAAUUGGGCCAAAAAGCCAUGUGUUGUUGGCCCGAAUAGGCGUUGGACGAAUCGCCCCCCUCCAGACCUUGGCCUGGCUUGGGGAGACUUUAGGAAUGCAGCAAAAGGACUGCAUAGGGACGAAAAGAUGAUGUCUAUAAACAUACACAAGACGGAUUGCUGACCAGGAAACGCACUACAGUCGAUAUUAAUAUUUGAAUCUUGUCAAAUCUUCUUGGGAAUCUUUUUCCCCUUCAACGACAACAAUAACAACUUGCCCGUACAUACACCCAAAAGGGAUCUUUUUCGACACCGAUUCAGCAUAUACGCAUCCCAACAAAUAACAAUGCCUUCGUUCAAGAGCACCGUCUUCGCCGUUGCCGCGGCCUUUGUCGCCACGGCCCAGGCCGACUACUACGUCGAGCCCUCAUCCGUUCCUCUGGCCACAAGAAAGGCCUGGUGCGCCGACGAGAAGAACACAUGCCCCAUCAUCUGCCAGCAGGUCGAGCCCCGGACGACCCUGGUGAACGACUGCGACCCUGAAACCCUCACCUACGGCUGCAUCUGCGGCGACAAGAACCAGCCCAACAUGACCGAGUACUCCCUCACCCUGCCCUACCACGUCUGCCAGGAGUACGGCAACCAGUGCGUCAAGGCCUGCGGCCUCGGCGCCAACCAGUGCGCGUCAAACUGCCGCCAGAACAACCCCUGCGGCGCCCAGAACCCUACCCGCCAGAACUCGACCUCCACCGCCGGCACGGCCACCGCCUCUGCGACGGCCUCCGAGACGAGCGGCGCCAUCUACACCGGCCUCGGCGACUCCGGCUCCUCCUCCUCCGGCUCGUCGUCCGGCAGCGGCGCCGCGGCCCUGGAAAUGGGUCGCAGCGCUGGCCUGGCUGUCCUCGUCGGUAGCUUGAUUGGCGGCGCUGCUCUCUUGCUCUAAGUCAGCACGCUACCGAUCUGCUUCGGGAGAUGAAAGAAAACUAAGAAGAAAAGAGAGACGGAAGCAGGAAGAAUGGUGGAGGAAGAAGCGUCGUUUAUUGCCGUGUGUUCUGUCACGUCCGCUCUUUUGAAUACCCUCUUGCACAAAGCUUUUUAUCACAUGCUCGGCGUUUAUGGGCGAGUUGUUUUGAAUCAUGGGCCUCUGGAUCAACCAAACAAAUAAUGUCUUUUUAAUACUUUCGGGCAGAACACACACAGGCAAUGGAGCGGGGAUGAUCUGGGUCGGGCAAAUCUGUCUUUAGCGUUGUGCGUCAUCUUUCGCGGGAGCAGAGCAGAGCAGUAGCAGAAGAAAGAUUGAAAGAGAGAAAAAAGAAUGGAAUCAGAAGCGAAGAAGCAGUUGAGCUUCAUGAACAAAGCAGGUCCCCUCGCUCGUCUUGAAAUCUUGGCUUGUCAUCCCAUCAUCCCAAUGAACUAGUGUUGCCAGGCGUCUCCGUUGUACCGGCGAGCCGCCGAUGAAUCCGUCAGGUCUUAUCUAAUGGCUGAGCACGAGACCAUCCGUCCCGUUCAUCCCGUCUGAGGAUCGUUCCCGUGAUGUGGAUUGUCCUAGAUUGCAAGUAACAUCAGAUUAGCCUGCAUAGACUACCAUCGCUAGCAAGAGGCUCGGGACGGAGAAUUGCGAUGUGUGAGAGCCGUGGUAAAGGCAGCAUCGGAAUUUGCUGGUGUAACUGCAUCGCGGGCACCAAUGAGAGCCAGACAAACUUCAACACACAUGUUCCGAAGACCUGUAAGCGGGCAGGCGGAAUUAUCGACAAGCCAGACAAGUCAAAUAGGUGACCAGUAAGGCGUCGUCCAGGACUCCAGCCGGCCUGUGCCACAUGCAAGUCUGAUGCCGCCAUACAUACCGGAGCGGGGGUCACGGGGAUCAGCAUUCGGUAAGGUCAGCGCGAGCCAGGCCGGCCCCGAUCUCGACGGCCUCGAUCUGGGGCUGAGCUACGGCGUGCCAAAGGCUGGUCGAGGGGAAGACGAAGGAGGGUUACUCGCAUGUCAUCGUGCAGGAGCGUCUACCAGGCUUUUGCACAAGUAGAAAACCAACUGCCCAGUGAGAUUCUUUGGGGGCCGACAACCAGACGAUCUGACACCAAACCCAGUGAACAUCGGCCGGUGCAAGCUCAUAUCCUGGCGGGGAAGGUUUAUGUGGAGGUAGGCGGGCGGGCUCGGUGUGUUGGUGAGCAGGGCCCGGUGCUACCUUGCCGAUGUGCACCGUAACUCUUUCUGGGGCAGCUCCAGAAUCCAGAGUCCAGACGGAACGAAGGUUGGCUCUCACAUGCUAAUUACCGGUCAAUGCGCGUAUGAUGUAGAGACUAAGGUAGGUAGAGUGGGUAGCAUCGAGUCCUUGGGUUCCAAUGUCCAGUGGUGGAACGGUCAAGUCUGCAUCGGUUCGAGGUUUGGAGGCGAAUUUAGGGCCGUCGGAGGAGCCCCCGGAUGGUGAAAUCAAUGAUAUCGAUCCAAUGGUGGGCAAGGAAGGCGCGGUAAAAAGGCGGUAAACGCGAGGAGAAUCCCUGUGUGAGCCGGCGUUGAUUGGAUGUUUUCUGUCUCGGGGCCUUGAGGAGCGAAGAAACAGGUGAGGAGCUUGGGGCGUUUGGGAGCUGGUGUGUUUUAAUAGGGUCCUUUCUGAGAUUUUUGUUGAACGCCGAGAUGGGCGGGGCCGUAUGAGCGUAAAUCGGCCGCAGUGGUGCGGUCGUCGCAGUCCGUCAGACCUCUGAUUUGUGCGUGUCGAGGAUCAGAUGGGCCCAUGUGAUUUCCUGCAGGGGAAAUAUGGCGAGAGGACGUGAAUGUCUCGCAAUUGGGGUGUGCUGUGGUUUCUGUUAGUACUGUGGACGUGGAUUUUAUGAUGUAAGUGUCAAAGUGAUGUAGUUGGCAUUGAAAGCGGUGAUGAAUGAUGAUGGUAGAGGUGAAGUUGAAUGCGUCUUG